AUGGAAGAAUUCAACCAUUUUGGGUUCUCUUCCACCAAUAUUCAUCAACACCUACCAAUUCGCCGGUUUUCACAGGCAGCACGUGUUGAAGAACACCACCAAUUCCUAUCAGAUGAUCAUAACUCGUCAUGGGAGCUCCUUCAUCACCUUGAUGAUCAAGUUUAUCCACAGGAAAUGGCUCCUGCUUCUGCGGAUUCCAUGGAAGAGUUUCAAUUUGUCGACAGCUUCUUCAACAUCGAAAAUAUCUACAAUGAAGACUCAUCAUAUAAUAACUCUUUCUUCCCUGAAGUUGUUCUUGAUGACACUUUCUUGAUCCCUGACGACAAUGGAGAUUUUCCGAUGAUGAUCGAUAUGAGUAUGAGCAGUUCAUACGAAGAUGCUACCUCGCCGGAAAUGUCUGUACAACCGGCAGCCACCGUAGACAACCAGGAUCAGGUGAACGUAAAUGGUGUCGACGACGGUUUACAACUGGUCCACCUCCUCUUAGCCUGUGCAGAGGCGGUGGGUUGCCGGGACACUCAACUCGCCGACUCAAUUCUCUCCCAGAUUUGGUACUCUGCUAACCCUUUUGGUGAUUCCUUACAAAGGGUAUCCUAUUGUUUUGCAAUGGGGUUAAAAUCAAGACUUAUCCAUCUUCAAAAGGGUACCAUUUCAAUGGCGAACAAUUGGGAAGAAGGUGAUGUCACGAGGGAGGAGAAGAUCGAAGCUUUUCAUCUCCUCCACCAGACGACACCAUACUUUUCGUUCGGAUUCAUGGUGGCAAACGACGCCAUUGUUCAAGCGGCCCAAGGGAAAGAUCAAAUCCACAUUAUCGAUUUGGGAAUGGAACACGCUCCAGUGGCCGUCAUUGAUAAGAACCCUAGCAUCAACAAAACUCAUCCGGAUCACCGGAAUUUUAGGAGAACGGGGAGAAACAGCGGAGUUGGAAUCGGAAAUGGAAUCCGUGGUCGCCGGAGCGAAUUCCGUCGGAAUUGA